GCGCUGGGCCGGUGGCGGGCGGGCGGGCGGGGGGUGGCGGCUCCAUUUUCCCCCGCGGGCUCCAUCUCCCCUCCCAAACCUCCAUCCCCGCCCGGGGUUCCGUCUCCCCGCUCGGAUCUCCGCCUCCCUCUCUCCCCGGGGGUCUCCAUCCCCCCGCGGCUCUGCCCGCGCUCCCCCCUCUCGCUGCCCGUGUGCUGCCGCAUUCCCGGCCCGUUGCCGGCCCGCGCGGGUCCCUCCCGGCGGGGUGGGUGGGCCGGGCUCGGCGUGGUGAAUCAGGCGAUGGGGAGCGCAGGCUGGGUGCCGGCUGCUGGUGAAAGUGUGGCGGGGAAGCGCGGCGGGUGUUUACCUCCGGCCGGGGCCGCCCGCAGGCUGAAGCGGGGAGGAAGCGGCAGCAGCAGCAGCGAUGGCGCGGCUGGUGGCGGUGUGCCGGGACGGCGAGGAGGAGUUCCCCUUCGAGAAGAGGCAGAUCCCCCUCUACAUCGAUGACACCCUCACGAUGGUGAUGGAAUUUCCUGAUAAUGUGCUGAACCUCGAUGGACAUCAGAAUAACAGUACACAACUGAAACAGUUCAUCCAGAGACACAGCAUGCUGAAGCAGCAGGACCUGAACAUUGCCAUGAUGGUGACGUCGCGGGAGGUGCUGAGCGCGCUGUCGCAGCUGGUGCCGUGCGUGGGCUGCCGGCGCAGCGUGGAGCGCCUCUUCUCCCAGCUGGUGGAGUCAGGGAACCCUGCCCUGGAGCCCCUCACCGUGGGGCCCAAGGGGGUGCUCUCAGUCACCCGCAGCUGCAUGACUGAUGCCAAGAAGCUUUACACGCUCUUCUACGUGCAUGGGUCCAAACUGAAUGACAUGAUUGAUGCAAUUCCCAAAAGUAAGAAGAACAAGAGGUGUCAGCUACACUCCCUGGAUACACACAAACCAAAACCUUUGGGGGGUUGCUGGAUGGAUGUGUGGGAGCUGAUGUCCCAGGAGUGCAGGGAUGAAGUGGUGCUGAUCGACUCCAGCUGCCUCCUAGAAACCUUAGAAACCUACCUACGAAAACACAGAUUCUGCACCGACUGCAAGAACAAAGUGCUGCGUGCCUACAACAUCCUGAUCGGGGAGCUGGACUGCAGCAAGGAGAAGGGCUACUGUGCUGCCCUGUACGAGGGGCUGCGCUGCUGCCCCCACGAGCGCCACAUCCACGUGUGCUGCGAGACCGACUUCAUCGCGCACCUCUUGGGCCGGGCCGAGCCCGAGUUCGCAGGAGGGUAUGAACGGAGAGAGAGGCACGCCAAGACAAUAGACAUAGCCCAGGAGGAGGUUCUCACCUGCCUGGGCAUCCACCUCUACGAGAGGUUGCACCGGAUCUGGCAGAAGCUGCGGGCUGAGGAGCAGACGUGGCAGAUGCUCUUUUACCUGGGGGUCGAUGCUUUACGCAAGAGCUUUGAGAUGGCUGUGGAAAAAGUGCAGGGCAUUAGUCGAUUGGAGCAGCUCUGUGAAGAGUUUUCAGAAGAAGAGAGAGUGAGAGAGCUUAAACAAGAGAAGAAACGCCAAAAGCGGAAGAACAGAAGGAAAAAUAAAUGUGUGUGUGAGAUCCCUGCUCCUCUGCAGGCAGCAGAAGAGAAGGAAAUCAAUCAGGCAAAGGAGAACUCAAACUUCACGGAAAGCAGCUGCAAAGCCUGUGGUAGCACCGAAGAAGCCAACAACUGUGUAGAAGUAAUUGUUACUAAUGAAAGCACUUCUUGCACUUGUCCUAGUAGUGGUACCCUAUUAGGCUCACCUAAAAUCAAGAAAGGUUUAUCUCCACACUGUACUGGCAGCGACUGUGGCUAUUCCUCGAGCAUGGAGGGCAGCGAAACGGGGUCCCGGGAGGGCUCGGACGUGGCCUGCACUGAGGGCAUCUGCAACCAUGAUGAAAAUGGGGACGAUGCCUGCGUCCAUCGCUGCGACGACAAGGAGGAGGAUGGAGACAGCUGUGUGGAGUGCUGGGCUAAUGCAGAGGAGAGUAACACAAAAGGCAAAAACAAAAAGAAGAAAAAGAAAAGUAAAGCUUUGAAGUGUGAGAAUGACCACAUUCAGAAACUUGGGAGCUGUCUGGCAGAUGCAGGUAGCAGAGAGACCUCAGGAAAUCUCACGCACACAGAGUUUCACCGCGACAAGACCAAAGACACACACGCUGAGAGCUGCUGUAGCGCAGACAAAAGCGGCCAGCAGUUGCCUUGGUUUGAGCAUAUGAAAAAUGUGUCACAGUUUGCAGAACCUACAGAAAUGUCACUUGUCCCUGAUACUGGAAAAGGUGCCAAAAGCUUAGUGGAGCUCCUUGAUGAGUCAGAGUGCACUUCUGAUGAGGAACUGUUCAUCUCCCAGGAUGAAAUCCAAUCCUUCAUGGCAAACAACAAGUCUUUCUACAGCAACCGGGAGCAGUACCGGCAGCACCUGAAGGAGAAGUUCAACAAGUACUGUCGCCUCAACGACCACAAGGGGCCCGUCUGCAACAGCUGGCUGGCAACAGCUGGAGCCAACUGAACCCAGUCCAACUCUGUCUGUCACUGAAACUCGAGAUGACUACUGCGCCUUCUCCUUCCAAACUUAAUUUAGUGACUUACGGCAAAAUUUUAUCUUAAAUUAAUGUGAUUCUUUUUUUUUUUUCUUGGUUUUUUUUUUUUCAGGGGGAGGCUGGUGGAGGUGAUUUCCUUAAUUUUGUUCUUUCUCCAGGCUUGUAUCUUUAGUUGAGUAGCUGUGCAAGCCUCUCUUCUAAUUUAAGCCAUCUCUUUUCAUUCAAUGUUUCUCUUCCUGUGAGACUUACAAAAAGCAAACUAGUGGCAAAGUAAUGUUGUACCUAUAAUUCUGUACAGAAUGACAAGGAGCUGAAUAUAAGAUUUUACAAAGUAGACAUCCAUUUGCAAAAUGUUUUGGAUGUAAUAUGUUAAAGCGCAAUGUGCAAAAAUUUAAAUAAAGAAUAUUUAUUAAUAUGCA